ACCGGCCACGUUUACUAAUCGCUACUUUCAAUCCACGAAAAGGAAGCAGGAUGGCCGUGCCACUGAUCAAGCUCAACAACGGACUGACCAUUCCCGCCUUUGGGCUCGGCACGUGGAAGUCCAAGCCAGGCCAAGUGGAGGCGGCCGUUGAGGCGGCAAUCGACGCCGGAUACCGACACAUCGACUGCGCUCACAUUUACGAAAAUGAAAGUGAGGUUGGAGCUGCGAUUGCGAAGAAAAUCAAGGAGGGCGUCGUCCGCAGAGAGGACCUUUUCAUCACCAGCAAACUGUGGAACACGGACCACGACACUGACAGGGUUGUCAACGCGUGCCGCAAAACCCUGAAGCACCUGCAGCUCGACUACCUGGACCUGUACCUCAUCCACUGGCCCAUGGCCUACAAGGGAGGCGACGCCCUCAUGCCCAGAGGCCCUGACGGCAACAUCGAGUACAGCCAGGUUCACUACACGACCACGUGGCUCAAGAUGGAGGAGUGCGUCCGCAUCGGACUGACCAAGUCCAUCGGCCUCUCGAAUUUCAACAGCGUCCAGAUCGACGAAGUUCUCAAAGUGGCCACUAUUCGUCCGGUCGCACUUCAAGUUGAGUUGCACCCGUACCUGCCGCAAGUCAAACUGCAGAAAUUCUGCGCCGAUCGAGGCAUCAUUCUGACCGGCUACUCGCCCCUGGGCUCUCCCGACAGGCCCUGGGCCAAGGCCGGAGACCCUGAUUUGCUGAACGACCCGCGUGUCAAGACCAUUGCCGACAAGCACAACAAAUCUCCUGCCCAGAUUCUGCUCCGGUACCAGAUUGAAAGAGGAGUUUCGGUGAUUCCGAAGUCAGUGACCAAGGCGCGUAUCAUUGAGAACUUCAGCAUUUUCGAUUUCAAAUUGAGCAAAGAGGAGGUUGACACCCUCACUUCAUUCGACUGCAAUGGUCGUCUGUGCGGAUUGGACAGCGUGAAGGACCAUCCACUGUGGGGAUUCAACAUUGAAUAUUAAAUUAGUCCACAGGAGAAUUAAAUGAAAUAUUAAUAGUUGAGACUAAAGUUGAAUAAAUAGUACUUAAUGAACGAAAAGUAUAAAAUUUGUUUCAUUGCUGAAAAAAA